AUGAAUUCUACAGUACCGAUACCAUUGUCAUCUGCCUCCGAUCAAGUAUCUUCUCCACAAUAUGAAUUUGGCUAUUCGUCGGAUAGUUCACGUGAUAAUAUUCUUCCAUUUGCAAUAAAACGUCAAAUUGAUAAAGCAGUUUCAUUUGAUACAUCACUCGGCGGUCUUAUUUUGAAUAAUCAAUUUCUUCAAAUAGUUACUCGACUUCAAUCACCACAUGUUUAUGGUUUUGGUGAAAAUAAUCAUGAUACACUUAAACAUAAUGUUCAAGAGAGAAGAUCAUGGGGAAUAUUUGCUCGUGAUCAAGGAACAAAUUGGGAUACAAAUUCAAAUCAUUAUGGUACUCAAUCAUUUUAUCUUGUUAUGGAACAGCUAAUGAAUUCAAAUGAAGCUCCAUCUGGUCGUAUGCAUGGUAUUCUUUUACUUAAUUCAAAUGCUAUGGAUUAUUCAGUUGAUAGAACACCUUCAGUAAGUAUUCGAACCAUUGGUGGUAUUUUAGAUUUUUUUGCUUUUCUUGAUCCAACACCAGAACAAGUUGUUCAACAAUAUACAUGGCUUGUUGGUCGUUCAAUAUUACCAUUCUAUUGCUCAUUUGGUUUUCAACUUUCACAUUGGGGAUAUUCUAAUUUAGCUCAUAUGCAAAAUAUUGUUAAACGAAAUCGAGAUGCUGGUAUUCCACUUGAUGUUCAAUAUGCUGAUAUUGAUUAUAUGGAAGCUGCAAAAGAUUUUACAAUUGAUCCAAUUAAUUAUAAAGGUUUAAAAGAAUAUUUUGCUCAAUUAAAUAGGGAAGGUGUACGAACAAUUAUUAUUUUGGAUCCGGGUACAAUUGAUGAUCAAACUCAUUAUACACCAACUAUUGAAGGUAUGAGAGAAGAUGUUUUUGUUAAAUCAGAUGAUGGACAAACACCAAUCAAAGGUUCAUGUUGGCCAGGUGAUGUCUUUUUUCCAGGUUAA